AAAGCGGCGACGGCAGAACCACCAGCAGCGCCAUGAGCGGGACUGGGGCGGCGGCCAGUGCCGCUUCUCUGGUGGCGGGCAAGAGCGAGAAACUGGACGAGGCGCAAGCGCUGGCCCGCAGCUGCGCCGGGAGACCCGACUUCCAGCCUUGCGACGGGCUGUCGCUGUGCACCACGCACAGCCACGGACGCUGUUUCCGCCUGCACUGGUGCUGCCACCUGGGCUGGUGCCACUGCAAAUAUGUCUAUCAGCCUAUGACUCCAGUAGAACAACUUCCAAGCACAGAAAUACCUGUUCGGCCUCGGGGAACCACAAACACCAUUCAGAUAUCUGUCUCGCUCACGGAACACUUUUUGAAGUUUGCACCUGUCUUCCAGCCACCAUUACCCCCAGAUUCCCCACGGUUCUGCACAAUCUCGGACCUCUUUAUUGACAAUUAUCGUGUGAAAUGCAUCAAUGGGAAGAUGUGUUACGUGCAGAGGCAACCUCCUGCUCCCCCCAAUAAAACGAAGCCUCAGGAGGUCACCACACGCAAUGCCUUAAUUUUGAGAGAGAAUAAUACACCAAAAAUAGAUCAUUGCUCUUCCCCCUCCAGCUCUGAGGACUCUGGGAUCAAUGCUGUUGGGGCUCACUAUAUGGAGUCAUGUGAUGAGGACACAGAGGAAGGGGCAGAGCUAAGUUCAGAAGAAGAUUAUAGUCCAGACAGUAGCUGGGAACCGGAUGAGUGUCCCCUCCUAUCACCCUCACAAUGCGAACUAGAAGUGAUUGAGACCAUAGAAACCACAGUGUGAAGUGCUGAGCUGGAAACUAGCUAGGCAUACUUAAAACAAUACUGGUUUUCUAGCAUUUAUACUAGCUUUUUUCUGACAGGUCCUUUUCUCCAAUGCACUUGACAACCCACGGAGGAAUGUAGUUAACAGUAUUUAGUCACUUGUGAAUUAGUUGUUUGAUCCUAAUCAAACCACUGAAUUUCCAAGAGCCCUAUUGUAUGUUUUUAAAGUUACAGAUUUGACAUAUUUUUUAGUUCUAGACUGUGCCUGAUUUUGGUAUGGUGCACUUAAUUUGCAAAAAUCAGGUCGAAUUGUGAGCUGUUUCUAUUACAGUGGUACCUCGACAUCCGAAUGCCUUGACAUCCAAAGGUUUCGACUUACGAAGUCGGCAAACCUGGAGGUCUUUUCACCGUGCGUGUGUUCUGCGCCUGCGCAGAAGCGCAAAAUCGCGCUUUGCGCAUGCGCAAAAUGGACGCUUUGACAACUAAAGGUUUCGACUUACAAAGAGCGCCACAGAAUGGAUUGCCUUCAUAAGUCGAGGUACCACUGUAGUUCCAAAUUACUUCUUCAGAGCAAGGAGGCAGCCUUUCAUCAACACACCAAAUGUUUGGGUGACCAAAGCCCUUCUUUAUUUAGUUUUUUAAUUUCGUGUAUGAGACCAA